AUGAGGGUUCAGUCUGGAUCGAUGGUUGUGACCAGCACGCUAAUUGUGGUGGCAUGUAACGGACCACUGCUCUGCGGCCGGAACACGAUAGAGUCCUUCUGUAAGGCGGGUGUGUCCUUCUGGGACACUGGAACCACCUCGAGUGUAAAUGUUGUUCGUGAUAACAAGAUUGCGCCUCUGCUCGAUGAAUUUUCCGAUCUUUUCGAGAACAAGCUUGGCUGUUGCAAGGGCCCCCCUGUGCAAUUACACCUUAAAGAAGGAGUCCGCCCACGUUUCUGUAAGGCACGUACAGUGCCUUAUGCCAUGCGCUCCAAGGUUUCAGCCGAGAUCGACCGUCUUGUACAAGACGGAGUGCUUUCGUCGAUAAGCAUUUCAGAUUGGGCAACACCGGUGGUGCCGGUAGCAAAAAAGAAUGGCGAUAUACGAUUGUGCGGCGAUUUCAAAUUAACAGUCAACCCGGCGUCGCACUUGGAACAGUAUCCCCUGCCCAAAGUUGAAGACAUAUUUGCGGCGCUUUCUGGAGGCGAAGUCUUCAGCACUCUGGACCUGCACAACGCGUACAAUCAGCUGCCGCUAGACGACGAAGCAAGAAAGAUCGCGGUGCUCAACACACACCGGGGCAUUUACUGCUACAAUCGCCUAGCAUUUGGAAUUGCUUCAGCCCCCGCCUUGUUCCAGCGACGCAUGGAAUCGAUUUUGCAAGGUUUGCCGAAUAUUCAAGUGUACCUCGACGACAUCAUUGUGGCGGAGAAGGAAAAUGACACAUCGGUACUGCGGCACGUGUUUCAGCGGCUUCGUGAACAUAACUUGAAGUUGAACAAAGCCAAGUGA